UCUGUGGCGGGUAUAUAAGCCGGAUAAGAACGCGGUGCUCCGCAUUAUAACUUGACCUACGGUGCGAUACUGAGGCAUUGUGAGAGACGGUUUUUUUUACAGCGAUUUCAAGCGUGUUCUACCUGGAGGUUGUAGAAUUAAUCACCAGCAAACAUGCCUGAACAAAUGGAAACUACUUCAGCGGAGGUGGAGACCUUCGCCUUUCAGGCGGAGAUUGCUCAGUUGAUGUCUUUGAUUAUCAAUACCUUCUAUUCCAACAAAGAGAUUUUCCUGCGAGAAUUGAUUUCAAAUUCCAGUGAUGCUCUUGACAAGAUCAGGUAUGAAUCGUUAACGGAUCCAUCCAAGCUUGACUCUGGAAAGGAGUUGUACAUCAAGAUCAUUCCAAACAAGAACGACCGAACAUUGACCAUCAUCGAUACCGGUAUUGGAAUGACAAAAGCUGAUUUAGUGAACAACCUUGGUACCAUUGCUAAAUCAGGAACCAAAGCAUUCAUGGAGGCUUUGCAGGCUGGUGCAGAUAUUUCUAUGAUUGGUCAGUUUGGAGUUGGUUUCUAUUCGGCAUACCUUAUUGCCGAUAAAGUUUCUGUAGUGUCAAAGCAUAACGAUGACGAGCAGUACUUAUGGGAGUCAAGUGCAGGAGGAUCUUUCACGGUUAGGUCCGAUAAUGGAGAACCGUUGGGACGUGGUACAAAAAUUGUUCUUCAUAUCAAAGAAGACCAGUCUGAAUACCUGGAAGAGAGUAAGAUCAAGGAAAUUGUCAAGAAACAUUCUCAAUUCAUUGGUUAUCCCAUUAAGCUUGUGGUUGAGAAAGAACGUGAAAAAGAAUUAAGCGACGACGAGGCUGAACCUGAAGCUGAGGAAAAGAAACCAGAAGAGGAUGGCAAACCAAAAAUUGAAGAUGUUGAGGAUGACGAUGACGAAGAGAAGAAAAAGAAGAAGAAGAAGAAGACCAUCAAGGAGAAGUACACUGAAGACGAGGAGUUGAAUAAAACCAAACCUAUUUGGACCAGAAAUCCUGAUGAUAUCACUCAGGAAGAAUAUGGUGAAUUUUACAAAUCGUUAACCAAUGAUUGGGAAGAUCACUUGGCAGUUAAACAUUUCUCCGUUGAAGGACAGUUGGAAUUCAGAGCUUUGCUGUUUGUUCCCAGGCGUAUGCCUUUUGAUUUGUUCGAAAAUAGGAAGAGGAAGAACAAUAUCAAGCUGUAUGUCCGCAGAGUUUUCAUUAUGGACAACUGUGAAGAAUUAAUACCAGAGUACCUGAAUUUCAUGAAGGGUGUUGUGGACAGCGAGGAUUUGCCUUUGAAUAUUUCCCGUGAAAUGCUUCAGCAAAAUAAGAUUCUGAAAGUGAUUCGCAAGAAUCUUGUAAAGAAAUGUCUUGAACUUUUUGAAGAACUUACUGAAGACAAAGACAAUUAUAAGAAAUUCUAUGAACAGUUUAGCAAAAAUAUGAAAUUAGGAAUCCAUGAAGAUAGUACAAAUCGUAGUAAAUUGGCAGACUUGCUCAGAUUCUAUACCUCUGCAUCUGGAGAUGAGGCGUGUUCAUUGAAGGAAUAUGUUGGACGUAUGAAGGAAAAUCAGAAGCACAUCUACUUCAUUACGGGAGAAAGCAAAGAUCAGGUUGCUAACAGUUCAUUUGUAGAAAGGGUAAAGAAGCGAGGAUUCGAAGUUGUAUAUAUGACUGAACCCAUUGAUGAGUACGUCGUACAGCAGCUGAAGGAAUAUGACGGGAAGCAGUUGGUGUCUGUGACCAAGGAGGGGUUGGAACUUCCAGAAGAUGAAGCUGAGAAGAAAAAAAGAGAAGAUGAUAAAGCAAAAUAUGAGAAUCUCUGCAAGAUCAUGAAAACUAUCCUUGACAACAAAGUAGAGAAAGUGGUUGUUUCCAAUCGAUUGGUUGACUCUCCGUGCUGUAUUGUCACGUCACAGUAUGGGUGGACGGCUAAUAUGGAAAGGAUCAUGAAGGCUCAGGCCUUGCGUGAUACAUCUACUAUGGGAUACAUGGCUGCCAAAAAACAUCUUGAAAUCAACCCAGACCAUCCCAUUGUAGAAAGUCUUCGUGAAAAGGCUGAAGUUGACAAGCAUGACAAAGCCGUUAAAGACCUUGUUGUUUUGCUGUUUGAAACUGCACUUUUAUCAUCAGGAUUUACUCUUGAUGAGCCUCAGGUGCAUGCUGCUCGCAUUUAUAGAAUGAUCAAGUUGGGUCUUGGCAUUGAUGAAGAAGAACCAUCGUUGGAGGAACAAAAGACCGCCGAAGAAGUGCCACCACUGGAAGGUGACAACGAAGAUGCAUCUCGAAUGGAAGAAGUUGAUUAAACUACAAAGGCAGCCUAGAGUACACUUUGUAAUUUAAUCCUCAAAAGACUGUUUUUUUUUUAUAAUGCCCACGUUUUAUGUGGUGCUCUUAUCUCUGCUUGUGUAUCAUACAUAGCGAUACAUAAUUUAUCCUUAAUAUGUAAGACAGUACACCAAAUAUUUUUUGCACCUAGGUUCAUUUCUGAUUGUUAUAAUAAAUUGAAUUAUAACAGUA